AUGACGUCCGACUCGCUGCCUUCUCCCAAACCUAGCAGGGUCUCUGGGUUCCUCCCUCUAGCAGACGACGCGAACCCAAUGGUCACGCAUGGAAAGGGCACUCUAGGUAGUCUCUUGAGAUCGCAGUCUAGUGCUUCCAUACAGACAAUGGAUAAAAGGGGGUCCAUUGUGCGCGGUCGCGAGGCGCCAAACGACGAGGAAUUGGGAUUGGGAUUGGGGUUGGGAACGGGCAGCAGAAUCCGCCGUCACAGUCAGGAUAACAUUGAUGCUGAAGAUUCGCGUCGGAGCCUAACCGACGAGCGACGGUUGAGCUCGAUUCUCAAUGGACCGCAAAUGCGAAGUCAGAGACUCAUUGGAAAUUCCAAUCCGCGGUAUAUGUGGGAGAAGUAUUGGAAGACGGAGGGGGAGCUGAAGAGGAUGAAGAGACCCAUGUAUGUAUCACCAGUACCGGUCACUAUGGUCUCACAAGUAGCCAUUGGCUGAUGAGACCCAGACGAGAAUACUACGAGCGUACCAACAACCUGGUGCAGCAAUAUAUCUACAUCGAUAGGCUCCUCGACAGCUCCCUUCCGCAUGAUCUCCUCAAUGAGUACAACGAUACCCCGAGCUGUGUGCAAUCUGCAGGGCCCACCGGUACGGGAUCAAAUGGAUUGGAGGUACCACCAACCAUCAAGGAGCAGGAUGAGCCUGUUACUCCCAAUUCCGAGCUUUCAAGUGGCAAUAGCUCCCAGAGUCUGACGAAGAAAGUCAAGCGGACGCCCCGGGAAAUAUAUAAGGUUUCGGAAGAAACACCACUGCUUUCACAGGCCGUGGAGGAUGAUGAAGAAGAAGAUGUUCCAGGGCCCGAAAUCCCUGGCAUAGAGGACGACAGCGUGGAAAGUGGUGAUAGAAUUGUUCAAAUUGCCAUCUACAUGAAUCUGGUGGCAAAUGCGGUUCUAUUGGCAGGAAAGAUCGCUGUCAUUGUUCUCACCAGCUCUCUUUCGGUUCUGGCAAGUUUGGUAGAUGCUGCUCUGGAUUUUCUAAGUACGGCCAUUGUCUGGACGACUACCAAGAUGAUUGAGAGACAAGAUCAGUACAAGUACCCUGUUGGGCGAAGACGUUUGGAACCGAUUGGGGUUCUCGUCUUUUCCGUCAUCAUGAUUACCUCCUUUUGUCAAGUUGGAUUGGAGUGUAUCAGCCGUUUGAACUCGGGGGAUCAUGAGAUUAUCGAAUUGACCCUCCCUGCGAUUAUCAUCAUGUCGUCCACGGUUCUGAUCAAGGCUUUAUGCUGGCUUUGGUGCAGACUUAUUAAGAACUCUAGUGUACAAGCAUUGGCCCAGGAUGCUAUGACUGAUGUUGUCUUUAACGUCUUCAGUAUCAUCUUUCCUCUAGGUAUGAUUCCUAUUCCUUUCAAAUUCUUCGUAGGGACCUUUUAGUUCAAAAGACUCCCGGGCACUACAAGUCCUACCUCUCUUGAGAUGCUAACUCUCUGACAGUCGGCUUCUACGCCAAGUUAUGGUGGCUUGACGCACUCGGAGGCCUUCUCCUCUCCCUUUUCGUCAUCAUCAACUGGGCGGAUACAUCUGCAGGCCACAUCCGCAAUCUGUCAGGUGCAGCCGCAACCGCCGACGAGCGAAACAUCCUGCUGUAUCUCACGAUGCGCUUCGCCCGAACGAUCAAGCAGAUCCAAGGGCUGCAAGCCUAUCACGCCGGGGACAAGCUCAACGUGGAGGUCGACAUUGUGCUGGACGAGAACAUGAGCUUGCGGGACAGUCACGAUCUCGGGGAGUCCCUGCAAUACGUUCUGGAAUCCGUCCCCUUUGUCGAUCGCGCGUUCGUCCAUUCGGAUUACGCCAGCUGGAACCUGCCUACUCACAUGGCCCAGCAAGGCGAGUAG